CGCAGUUUGUUGAAGAGUGGGGGAAUAUUUGCAAUUUUUGUCCAGAAAACCGCGUCCGAAAUUUAAAAUGGCGUCAGAAAUGGAAGUUGAUGAACAAGAUUUUGAUUUACCUACUUCUAGUAGUGGAAAAGGCGAUAAAAAACGUUUCGAAGUCAAGAAGUGGAAUGCUGUUGCGUUAUGGGCGUGGGAUAUUGUUGUUGACAACUGUGCUAUUUGUAGAAAUCAUAUAAUGGAUUUAUGCAUUGAAUGUCAGGCAAAUCAAGCUUCAGCUACCACUGAAGAAUGCACAGUAGCCUGGGGGGUGUGCAAUCAUGCAUUUCACUUCCAUUGUAUUUCUCGAUGGUUGAAAACUCGCCAAGUAUGUCCUCUAGAUAAUCGUGAAUGGGAGUUCCAGAAGUACGGCCAUUAAAAGUUACAAAGUGAUUCGACCUUAUAAACAUUUGACAACUUGUGAAUUGAAAAAAUUUAUCAAGAAGAAUACUGGUGCAUUCAGAAGGAUGAGUACUAUUUAUUAAUUACCAUCUUUAUACAAAUGUUUAAUAUUUACUUGAUUGCUUGUGAUUACUCUACUGAUUGUCAAUAAUUUAAUAGUUUUCAAACUUGAUGAUAUGACAUGAUAAAUUUAAAACUAUUUAGAUAAUAAUAAUAAUAAGAUCAUAUGACAUUAUAGAAAUAAUAUUAAUUAAUUGAUUGAUUAUAUCUCUUGAGUAUUUACUUAUACUGAGUUCAUAUAAUAUAUUCGUCUAUUCAGA